AUGGUAUCGCAGAAGAAGAUCGCUUCGUUAUUUAUUUGUUUCCUUCUGUUGCUUCUUCUUCCACUCUCCUUUUCCAAGCCGACAAGGAACUUAGAUGGAAUAAGUGCAAGAGCUCCAACAGUGCAGCAGAUAAGAAGCAGACAUCAUGGGACUAGAGAGGUGAUAGUGGACAAUGGGAUAAUCAGAGUCAGUUUCUCGAAUCCUCAAGGACUUAUAACUGGGAUCAAAUACAAAGGAAUUGAUAAUGUUCUUCAUCCACAUCUCCGAGAUAGAGGGUACUGGGACAUAACAUGGCAAGGAACAAACAUUCGCCAAGGCGGCUUAGAUCGAAUCGAAGGAACAAAUUUUAGAAUCAUCACUCAAACCCAAGAACAAGUGGAGAUAUCGUUCUCUAGAACAUGGGAGGAUGGUCAUAUUCCAUUAAACGUAGACAAGAGGUAUAUCAUACGUAGAAAUACUUCAGGAAUCUACAUGUACGGAAUCUUCGAGAGACUUCCCGAAUGGCCAGAACUCGACAUGGGUUUAAUUCGAAUCGCUUUCAAACUCAACCCUGAGAGAUUUCAUUACAUGGCGGUGGCGGAUAAUCGACAAAGAGAAAUGCCAACGGAAGAUGACCGUGACAUCAAACGUGGUCAUGCCAAGGCUCUUGGUUAUAAAGAGGCUGUACAAUUGACUCAUCCUCAUAACUCCAUGUUCAAAAACCAGGUGGAUGAUAAGUACCAGUACACAUGUGAGAUCAAAGACAACAAAGUGCACGGUUGGAUCUCAACCAAGUCCCGUGUCGGCUUUUGGAUCAUCUCACCAAGCGGUGAAUAUCGCUCCGGUGGACCGAUCAAACAAGAGCUCACGUCUCACGUCGGACCCACGGCCAUCACGACUUUUAUAAGCGGACAUUAUGUUGGUGCGGACAUGGAGGCACAUUACAGACCUGGUGAAGCGUGGAAAAAGGUCUUGGGACCUGUUUUUAUUUACUUAAACUCUGAUUCUACCAGCAACAAUAAGCCUCAAGAUUUGUUAUGGGAAGAUGCUAAACAACAGUCCGAAAAAGAAGUCAAAGCCUGGCCGUACGAUUUUGUAGCAUCCUCUGACUAUCUUUCUCGUCGAGAAAGAGGAAGCGUCACUGGUCGUCUACUAGUCAACGACAGAUUCUUGACGCCGGGAAAAUCUGCAUAUGUCGGUUUAGCACCGCCGGGAGAAGCUGGUUCGUGGCAGACAAAUACUAAGGGAUAUCAGUUUUGGACCAAGACGAACGAAACCGGUUACUUCACGAUAGAAAACGUUAGACCGGGAACUUACAAUCUGUAUGGAUGGGUUCCUGGUUUUAUCGGGGACUUUCGAUACCAAAACCUUGUUAACGUAGCUGCAGGUUCAGUGAUUAGUCUCGGUAGAGUCGUGUACAAGCCACCUAGGAACGGUCCAACGUUAUGGGAGAUUGGUGUACCGGAUCGAACCGCUCGAGAAUACUUUAUACCGGAGCCAUACAAGGAUACAAUGAAUCCGUUAUACCUAAACCACACCGACAAGUUUAGACAGUACGGACUGUGGCAACGAUACACAGAGUUAUAUCCAACUCAUGAUCUCGUCUACACAGUUGGAGUUAGUAACUAUAGCCAAGACUGGUUCUACGCCCAAGUCACAAGGAAAACCGGUGAUUUAACGUACGUACCAACAAUAUGGCAGAUCGUGUUUCAUCUUCCAUACGUAAACUCGCGAGGCAGCUACACAUUGCAGGUAGCUUUAGCCUCGGCUGCAUGGGCUAAUCUACAAGUUCGGAUCAAUAACCAAAACUCGUGGCCGUUUUUCUCAACGGGUACUAUCGGAAAAGACAAUGCUAUAGCAAGACAUGGAAUCCAUGGAAUGUACCGGCUUUAUACCAUCGAUGUGCCUGGAAGGUUGCUAAGAACCGGGACCAACACGAUUUAUCUUCGACAGCCUAAAGCACAAGGACCAUUUGAAGGUCUUAUGUAUGAUUACAUUCGUCUAGAAGAGCCUUCUAGAGCUUAGAAUCAUACAGUAUAGUUAGGAUUUUUUUUAUUUUUUUUUAACACUGUUGUUAGGAAAUUGUGUAGAUCAAAAAGGGGUUUUGAGAUUUACUGACUUUUGAUGGAUUUAUUUAUAAAAUUGAUUUGGAUUUUGA